AGGAACAAGGUGAUUUAGAAUUUACUUGAGGCGCCGUUAGUUCAGGCACGUAUAAACUUGCUACAGCCUCGACCCACUUCAUUAAGGAGGGCAAUAUGCAAUUCUAUACAGCUUUGGCUGUUGCGGUGUUUGUGUCUUUUUUCGGGCCUUCUCUUUGCCAAGACGGUGACGAAGAAGCAUUGCAAAAUUCUGGCGACUGUCCUCUGCUGACGUGGCAUCACCACUGUUCAUUCCCAAUCGUUCACGAAUGCGCUGUGGAUGUGGACUGCGGGGAGACUGAAAACAAAUGUUGUUUCAAUGGCUGUAAAUUGACAUGCCAAACAGCUGUCAAACACAAGCAAGGGAAACGUCAUCAAGGGCAUACAAUGUGCGAAAAACCCAUGGACCUGGUUUUCAUGAUCGACUCGUCGGAGAGUGUUGGUGUUGAAAACUUCAAACAGAUCAAAAAAAUGGUUGACAGAACCCUUACCCAGUUCACCAUCUCGGAGAAGAAAACCCAUGUCAGUAUCAUGAUGAUUGACAGCGUGCCACACAUUGAGCUGAAUCUGAACACCCUUAAAGGAGACAACAUCACAAGUGAGAAUGUCCUUAAGGUCGUUGACAACCUCCAGUUUAUCAGCGGGCAGACAAGAAUUGAUCUCGCACUGCGCAUGGCACGCAAAGAGAUAUUCUCCAAAUUGGGAGGUGGAAGGAAACACGUGCAAAAGAUUCUUCUUGUUUUUAGCGACGGAGGACAGACGUGGAAUCCAACAAUGCUUAAUCUUAGGAACGAGGUAGAGGACCUGAUGAUGGCCGGAGUGCAGAUUUAUUCCGUGGGAGUCUGGGCCGAGGAACUGAAUUUAAGUAACCUUCUCGAUAUCGCGUCCAGCCCGAACAACCUUUUUGCCACAGAAUUUUACGGAGAUCUCUUGGCACAAUUAAAGAAAAUUUCAAAAGUACCUUGUUCCGAUUCCUUGAAACGUUUGCUGUGGAAGCAGGGAUUGAGGAAACUGACUAAGAAAGAGUGAAGUGCCGCUCAAAUUACGCUGCGUUCAUGGCCGUAAAAGUAGUACCAAAGCUAUAAAAAAAAAGCCCAGAACAAAAUAAAAGUAGACGUCAGUAUUGAUA